UGCCCGUUUUGAUAACACAAUGAGUUCUGUUGUUGAGUUUGUACGGUCUCCUAGCGCUAUCGAGCGAAAUCAUUGCCAAUAAAUAAUAAUAACAUCAGUGAUAGCGCGGUCUCGAAUGUGUUAGGACGUUUUGUGAUUAAUUUAUUUAUUCGUGAGGAAGCGUUUAAAUCAAUAUAGUCUUUAUUACAAUUACAUAAGAGCCAUGGGUGUGCCGAUGAUGAAAAACUGCUGCUACUGUGUUAGUUUACAAACGGGUACUUUGAUCAUAGGUUAUGUGUACACGGUAUGGUCACUACUAGAGUUGGCAGGCUACUGUCUUCUAGUCACCCUCGCGCCAAUCGGUAAAAAUGGUACCGUGUCCGGUCACAAGUAUAUAUUGUACAUCACGGCGGCGGUUGUUAGUGGGGUUACGCUUCUAUGCUCAAUACUUCUAAUCGUGGCUGCUUAUAAGAAACUCGCCUCUCUGACGUUGCCCUGGACGAUCGUGACCGGUAUCUUGACUGCGGUGUUCUUCGUGAUGUGCCUCACGGGGAUCAGUCUCAUCCUUCAGGACACGGGAGAUAUGCUUGAAGUGGAAAUUGUGUUCAUCAUCGUACAUCUUACUAGAGCAUGUAUAUCAGUAUAUUGCAUAGUAGUCGUCCACAGCCGCCACAAACAGAUAAUGUACGACGACGACAACGAAAGGUUCCACCGCUCGGCGAUCUACCAACCCAUCUGGAUGAGAGACCAGGCGCUAUGAACCUACUCA